AUGACUUCGGCUCUGGUGAAGGCGACAGCACCGAAACGCAACCCAUUGUAUUGCCACAAACUGUGCUGCUAUCUUGGUCGAUCAAUCUCCCAUCAAGUGACUGCAACAAUUCGCGAACCUCAGGAGAUAAUCGCAUCAGGAAAGCUGCAGAGACCAGGAUGCGCAUCAAAUGGAGGAGGUGGAAGGAAAGUUUGGCGAGUCAAGCAAUAUUAG